AUCCUGCACAGCCGGCAAGCUGGCUCCAAAAGACGGGGAUAAAGAAAGGGAUGAUGGGAAAUUAAAUAUGACAAGCAGGGGAAAGUACUAAAAGGGAUGCUGCUUGAAAGGAGACAGAGGGUGAAGUUAGGAUGCAAAAGGCCAAGAGAGGAGAAAGAACAAAGGAUCAGAAGGCAGCGACGCAAGCUUCAAAUGUACAAAAUGAAGAGAUGUCUUCAGAUGAAGAGGAUCCAGCCAGUCCUGUUUUACCCAAAGACUCAGACCGGGGCAGCUCUGUGUCCUCAGAGCUUCAGGAUGAGUAUGAGGAACUUCUCCGUUAUGCUGUUGUCACUCCGAAGGCUGAAGCUGUUGCCAGUGCUCAUCGAAGAAACCCGAUUUUCCAGAGCAGAGAAGAUGCAAAGUCGCAGCAUCUCACAGAUCUUGCAACAGAAGCUAAAGAUGGGAGGUAUUCCAGCAGGAGUGUGAGGUCAUCACAGGCGUCCCCCAUGAUAGGUGAAAGAAUGGCUGCCCAGUCUCCUGACAGAGCAUCGGGGGUCUCGGACACUCGCUCGGACCAAGUCCAUGCACCAUCUGAGGGUUCCAGGUCCAGUAGCCCAGACCUCCACGGGUUUACAAUGACAGAGAUCUUUAUUACACAAGAGAACAUGAGCAAGAUGGAGAACAUUCUGGACACCUGGAGCAACAAUUUGAAGACGAAUGUGUUGACUGAGCUACAGAAGUGGAAGUUCGCUUUCAUGGAGCGACACAAGUUGGAGAUGAUGAAGGAGAGGGAAAGACAUGCAGCACAAACAGCUGGCCUCAAAUCAGAGAUGGCCAGUCUGAAGGAACUGCUACACACCUACGAGACGUCCAACCAGAGGAAAGACGAGGUGAUUGUGAACCUCAGUCAAGUGUUGGACAAACAAAAGGAAAAGCUAGAAAAGAUGAAGGCCCUCACCCAUUGGAGAAUUAAGCACACUGAGGCCAAAGAAGAGGCAUAUGCUCUUCAGAUGGCACAGCAGCACCACAGCUUGAAAUUAAAGAAGAAAGUGUGGUUUGCCUGGCACUCUUUAAUCGAGAAACACUGGAAGGUCAGGGUGGAGCGAGCAUGCAGGUCAAGGGCUGAAGAGGUCUGCUCCCGCUUAUCCAGUGAAUAUGAGGCCAAGCUAGCAGAGCACUGUGAGACAAUAGAGAAGGCUCAGGCAGAGAUCUGCAGACUUCGGCAAGAGCGAGAGCAGUAUGAAGACUCCAUGAAAAAAGCCUUCAUGCGCGGUGUCUGUGCACUGAACAUGGAGGCUCUGAGCAUGUUUCACUCAACAGAAGGACGGCCUGAGCAGCCCCAGACACAAGAACAGCACGAUUCUCUCCAUGAAUCGGGACCAACACUGACUCAUUUUCAGCCAUAUCCCACCACCUCUUCAAGGUUCAGUCCGCUCCAUUUUGACCACCCAGAGCCCCCCCAAAGUGAAACCGAUGACAUGUUGGGUUCUAGAGCUCCUAUGUCCCAGGAAGAAGUGCUCCCUCCCACCACUGUUGUGCACAGCUCAGUCCCGCAUGGGGGCGUUUCCAGCUCUCAUAAACAGGUUAGUGGUCGUAUUGUCACAUCGAGUCAGCAAAAGCCUGUAAAGACGGUCACGGCUCGGAUCAGUGCGCGGGCAGAUGUUGGUAAGACGCCACGGGCCAACCUACAGGUGAUGGGAGUCGCUCCACCGAUGAGCUCCGUCAUAAUUGAACGUCACCAUCCCAUUUCACAGCUCACUAUUGGACAAGCUACAGCUGCUAAGUUUCCGCGCUCGUCUCAGCAGAGCCACGCCCCCACUACCGGCAGAGGGUCGUCCCGAACACAAACGUGCCACGUCCACUCCAUCAAAGUAGUUGAAUGAUCACAAUCUCAAAUAGACUCAAUUUAAGAUUUCAGCUUUCUAUGCAAAAAAAAUGUGUUAAAUUAAUUUAAUCUAAAUUUUGCCACAUAUUUUCCCUCUAAUAUUUUUUUUAUGUGAAGGACUUUGAUAUUUGUUAUUUUUUUUAUUGCCUAGAUGCUACCUCUAGAUACUAUUUAAACAAUAAAAUGUAAAUAUUUUUCUGGGAUAAUUUUACCAGUAAUUAUGCAAAGAUGAAGGUAUUUUAAUCUCUCGUGUGGCAGCUAUCGCCCCCUCAAAGAUUUCUUUUUACCUUAACUAAACAAAAGCCAUGUUAUAACAAAUUUGACAGUAUUUUAAAAUAAACAGUUUUUGCUUCA